UUCAAUAGUGAACUUGCAUUUUGUUUGUUAGUCUUUGAUAUUAUAUGGUCUUUGCUUAUCGUUUUGUAUCUUCACUCUCUUGACAUCUCUCUUUAUUAGGCUAGGAUUUGAGGUUAAACUUUCAUUUUCUUUGAAUCUUUCACUAACUGGGCUUCUCUACUGCUACUUACUUAUAGAUGGGUUUCAACUUUCAAGUUAAAUACCAAACCUAAUUAUAACUUUAAAGUUUGUCUCACGUCUUUUGCUCUUAAAUUGUGAAUUUUGAGCCUUUAGCUUCGCUAGAAAGUGGAAGCUGAGCCAUGUCCAUGGCGUCUUCUUCUCUUGCGACCCAAUCCUUUUUUUCUUCCUUUCCUCUAUCUCACCGACUUCACUUCCCUGUACCUUAUCUUCUUCUUCGUUCUUCUUUCUUUCGAAAACCACUUAGUCUCUCUGCUACUUCCCCUUCGUCAUCUUCUUCUUCUCCUUCCAUUUUCCUCUCCUGCUUCGAUGACGCUUUGCCAGAUAAGAUCCAACAACCAGAAAAUUCGACAAUCAAUAGCGAAGAAAGUGAAUGUGAAGAAGAAGAUGAUGAAGAAGGAGAUGAUUUCACAGACCCAAUUCUUAAAUUCUUCAAGUCACGAACUUUAACAUCAGAAUCAACUGCAGACCCAGCUCGAGAAUCCAAAUUCUCCCUCCAGAAGAAUCGUCGAACUUCCUGGCAUUUAGCUCCAGACUUCGCUGACCCCGAAACUGAAAUCGAGUCUAAGCCUGAGGAAUCCGUCUUUGUGACAAACCAACAAACACUUGGUGUGCAUAUUCCAUUCGAAAGUGGCGUCGCUAGGGAAAUCUUGGAACUUGCUAAGAAUUUGAAAGAGAAUCAAACUUUGGGAGAGAUGUUAUCAGGUUUCGAAAGAAGGGUUAGUGAUACAGAGUGUGUAGAGGCAUUAGUGAUGAUGGGUGAAUCUGGUUUUGUGAAGAGUUGUCUAUAUUUCUAUGAGUGGAUGAGUUUACAAGAACCUUCCCUUGCUUCGCCUCGUGCUUGCUCUGUGUUGUUUACAUUGCUCGGUAGAGAAAGAAUGGCUGAUUACAUUCUGCUUCUGCUAAGUAAUUUACCAGAUAAGGAAGAGUUUAGAGAUGUUCGUCUCUACAAUGCCGCCAUUUCUGGUCUCUCAGCUUCUCAAAGGUAUGAUGAUGCUUGGGAAGUGUAUGAAGCUAUGGAUAAGAUCAAUGUGUAUCCGGACAAUGUUACAUGUGCUAUAUUGAUCACAACCUUGAGGAAAGCAGGACGAAGUGCGAAAGAAGUUUGGGAGAUAUUCGAGAAGAUGAGUGAGAAAGGUGUGAAGUGGAGUCAGGAUGUUUUCGGUGGCCUUGUGAAGUCGUUUUGUGAUGAAGGGCUUAAAGAAGAAGCUCUUGUGAUUCAAACAGAGAUGGAGAAGAAAGGUAUCCGUUCAAACACGAUUGUGUAUAAUACGUUGAUGGAUGCUUACAACAAAUCCAACCACAUAGAAGAAGUGGAAGGUCUUUUUACUGAAAUGAGAGAUAAAGGCUUGAAGCCUUCGGCUGCAACUUAUAACAUUCUUAUGGAUGCUUAUGCUAGAAGGAUGCAGCCUGAUAUCGUUGAGACACUUCUGCGGGAGAUGGAGGAUUUAGGUUUAGAGCCAAAUGUGAAAUCGUACACGUGUUUGAUUAGUGCGUAUGGGAGGACGAAGAAGAUGAGUGAUAUGGCUGCUGAUGCUUUCCUGCGGAUGAAGAAAGUAGGUUUGAAACCUUCUUCACAUUCUUACACAGCUCUUAUUCAUGCUUACUCGGUUAGCGGGUGGCACGAAAAAGCUUAUGCUUCCUUUGAAGAGAUGUGUAAGGAGGGGAUUAAACCGUCGGUUGAAACAUACACAUCAGUUCUUGAUGCAUUCAGACGAUCAGGCGACACUGGAAAGCUGAUGGAAAUUUGGAAACUAAUGCUGAGAGAAAAAAUCAAAGGGACACGGAUAACAUAUAACACUCUUCUCGAUGGGUUUGCCAAGCAAGGACUCUACAUUGAAGCAAGGGAUGUUGUAUCUGAGUUUAGUAAAAUGGGUUUGCAGCCGAGUGUCAUGACUUACAAUAUGCUGAUGAAUGCAUACGCACGGGGAGGACAAGAUGCAAAACUGCCGCAACUGUUGAAGGAAAUGGCUGCUCUUAACUUAAAACCUGAUUCCAUCACAUAUUCAACAAUGAUCUACGCGUUUGUUCGUGUUCGAGACUUCAAAAGGGCAUUCUUUUACCACAAGAUGAUGGUUAAAAGCGGGCAAGUACCAGACCCAAGGUCCUAUGAGAAACUUAGGGCGAUUCUGGAAGACAAGGCAAAGACAAAGAACAGAAAGGAUAAGACUGCCAUACUUGGUAUAAUUAAUAGCAAAUUCGGUCGGGUUAAAGCUAAGACGAAGGGGAAGAAAGAUGAGUUUUGGAAGUACAAGACGAAUCGAACUACUUCUCCUGGUCGUCACCGAUCUUGAAGGUAGCCUAAAAGCUAUAUAAAUGCUUUAGUGGUACAUAGUGAGGAUUCUCAAGCUAUACGAAUCUAGUUGUAUUCAAUAUAUGUUCCUCUGUUCUUUGUACUUAUAGCCUUAUUUAUUAGCAUUCUAAUUUUUUAUGUUCCUAGGACAUACCUUGGUCAUGUGUAGUAAAAAGUGCAAAAGUUUAGCUUUAUUAUUCCGACAAG